UGUUAGGUGAAGAUAUUGACAAGAUAUAGAGUCUUAUGAAUACCUUGAAUCGCUAUGUGAGAAUAGCUGGGAUGCGGUUCUCAUCACUCAAAUGCAGGACCGAUCUUCUCUAGUACCUUAUUUACCAGUUGAGAGAAGGGGUUGAGUGCACUGACCACUUCACUUCCUUGAAAAGUGGAAUCAGCGUUGGUGAGUCAGUUACCAAUGAAAUCUCGCACGGAUGCAACAGGCUCAUCUGAUCUGUGCUAAAUUACACUAUUUGUGCAACCAUGAUGAUGUUCGGAUGCGUACUGAAAGUCGAGUGUACUGUGGUGCAGUUUGCCCUGCUUUACUGUAUAGCUGUAAAAUUAAGCAAUUAAAGGUGGUGGAUAUUAGAAUGCUUCAGGUAUUCGACCAGUGUUACGUUGAAAUCAUUGGCUGUGUGUUGUGCUGUCAUGAUACCAGUAACAUAGAAGUCCAUCACAGGGUUUUAGGGAGAAGAGGAAAGCCAUCACCAGAAUGUUUGGGAUAUUCCGCCGACAAAGCUGUGGCUUACACACUGAAAAGAAGACUCAUCGAGACCGAAGCAACAUUAAGUUACUAAAUUUAAGGAUAUUAUCUAGUUGAAGGAAUUG